AUGAUCCUCUUGGCCAGGCGCAGCUUCCCUCAGCCGUGCAUCCGCAGUGAAGCCCUUGUCUCGGGUAGGCUGCUACUUGUCAAGGCGCACUGCCACAGCAGCACGCACUACCUUAUCAACAUCUACCAAAGGGUUCACGAUGGAACCAAAGAGUGCAUCAACUUGCGAUCUGAGGUUUGGGAUGCCCUGCAAAAGGCUAUCGCAACCAGCCCUAGCAGACACUCCUUAAUUAUAGCCGGUGAUUUUAACACUAGCCUGCAACACCGCGCCCCAUGCACAGGCACCGCUGUCAUUACCAAAGGUAACGCUGCCGAGGCACAAGACGCACAUGUCCUUCAACAGCUUGUGAAGCAGUUUGACCUUCGUGCUCUUAACACCUUUCAGCCGACUCCCUGCAAGCAUACCUACCAGCAUCAGACCAAAACCGAGGUCAGAAGCCAAAUCGAUUACAUCCUCAUUCGAGGCCGGAGAACGGACUCACUGGCUAAACAGACCACCACUCUGAUCGACACGGACCUGGGAGCAUGGCGAGGUGGACCAAAACACUGGCCUCUUCUGGCCUCGAUUCCUGCUGACUGCUUCUACUCCUCGCGUGCGCCCGUGCGGGUGAAUGAGGCCAGAUACAUCAAUACACAGGUCAGGCAGGGGAAGCUACUGUUAGGGGAUGUUGAGGAAUUCCAAGCGGCUGUGCACGAACGCUUAACGCGCCUGACCCAAUGGGACACUACCCUCGUCAAUCAAAUCCUGCAGGAGGAGCUGCAAACCAGGCUGGUUCCUGGCACAGAGCAGGUCAAGAGGCAAGCAUUCAUCGACGAGUGCGUUAGCCGGGCUACACAGGCCGCGCAACGUGGCGACAUCAGAGAAAUACACCUGCAGGUUAACAAGAUAGCGCCCAAAGUUGUACACCGACAACCACAGCUCCGCGAUGCUAGUGGCUGCAUUAUGACACCCGAGCAGGAAACUCAGACUUUGCGAGAUUACUGGCAGCAGAUCUAUUGCAGCCACCAUCCCAGGACCCCUGACCCGCUCCAUCAGUAUCACCUGCCCGAGGCCUUGCUUCGUACUGCUCUUGCUUCACUGUCACAACACAAAGCCCUGGCGAGCCACUACGCCCCGGGCUUGGCCUGGAAAUCUGCUGCUGCAUCAGUCUCUGCACUCGCAGAGCGCACCAUCCUGCAGGCGGGAAAAACGGGACGCAAGGCUGAGGAGUAUCGCCCGAUCGGGCUCACUGAUCCGGUUGGCAAGGCUGUCCUUGGUGCCGUGUAUCAACAAUACCACCAGGCCGUCUAUGACUCCGUGGCGCCGUAUCCGCAAUUUGCGUACCUGCCCCGGCGUGGUGUCCCUCAGGCCCUUAUGCGUGCAUUUCAGCAUCUCCACCAAGCUCGGGAGGUCGUGGCACAACAACGUCUUACCCUGCAGCAGCGACAUGCAGGCCAACGCAGGCAGCAGCUGGCAGGAGCAAUCACGGUUUCCCUCGACCUCAGCAAAGCUUUUGACUCCCUGGAGCCUGAGUUCAUGCAUAAGGCUCUUGAAAUGAGUUGCUUGCCACCGGAGGUGUGUCGACUGAUUGAGAACUGGCAUCACGGGAUUAUAUACCACAUUGAACACGAACAGUGCCGAGCCCAGAUCAACUGCAAUAGGGGGAUUCGUCAGGGCUGUGCGAUCUCUCCCCGAGUGUGGUCACUCUUUACCAUACUCAUCAUGAGUGAGAUGGGGCCGGAGUGGAGCCAGCGCCAUAGCACGUGGUUUGCGGAUGACGCGCUGUUUCAGGCAAUGAUCCACUCCGAGACAUCAACAGCUUAA